GUAUCGUGUUACCGUGUUCUUAUCCAUAUAUCAUCGAUUGACCCUUAUCUCAUGGGAUUAAAUGUAAUUUCACUUAAAUUAUGAUAUAUGAAGAAAUUGGACUGCUUUCUGUUGUCCCGAAACGGAAAAGAAAAUCUUAUCUUGACUAUGAUCCUCUUCAUUUAAAUGCAGGUAAUGCAUGUGACAGAAAAGACGACAGAAAGCAGUGACAAUUUCUUCAUUGGGUUUACAAAUUCAGGCACUGUUCGGAAAGGUACCAUAAACCCUCUCCAGCCAUUCUUAACUAAACAAACUUGUCCAAUCAAUAUGGCCAACAAUCAUGCUGCCCAGCAAAAUGGUUACAAGAGAACACAAUCUUCCGAUGUGGCGGUGGUGAUGGUGCCGCUGCCGGCCCAGGGCCAUCUCAACCAGCUCCUCCACCUCUCCCGCAUGGUCUCCGCCCGCAACAUUCCCGUUUAUUACAUCGGCGCCGCCACCCACAUCCGCCAGGCCCGACUUAGAGUCCAGGGCUGGAACCCGUCAGGCGUUUCCAACAUACAGUUCCACGAAUUCCCACAAACUCCUUUCGAAAACCCUCUUCCUGAUCCUAAUGCACCAACGAAAUUCCCUGGACAGAUUCUUCCUUCACUCAUGGCUUCCAUGCUUCUCCGGGGGCCUGUCUACCGAUUCGUAGAGGGGAUUUCCAGGGCAUUCAGAAGGGCAGUUGUGAUUUACGAUUCUUUAAUGUCUUAUGUUGUCCAGGACAUUGAUUCUCUCCAAAAUGCUGUUUGUUACAGUUUCCGGAGUAUAUCGGCUUUCGCUGUGUCCUCGUGGGAAGCCCUGGAUUCGCCUGAUGAUUUACCAAUUGAAGCAGAGAUUCUGAAAGACAUUCCAUCCCUCGAUGGCUAUUACCCGCCGGAAUUUGCGGAGUUCUUGAAUUUGCAGAGCGGGAGUAGGAAGAUUUUCUCCGGGGAGAUUUACAACUCGUGUAGAGAAAUAGAGGGUUUAUACCUGGAUUUGCUCGAGAAAAGGAAGAGGAAUGGAGCAGAAAAGCUAUGGGCUAUAGGCCCAUUCAAUCUUGUAUCUGUACCUGAAGAAAGGGACUUCAGAAAUCGUCACAAAUCCUUACAGUGGCUCGACAGACAGGGACUAAAUUCCGUGAUCUUUGUUUCUUUCGGCACGACAUCUUCAUUGUCGGAUGAACAGAUCAAAGAAAUCGCGUUUGGGUUGGAAAGAAGUGGGCAGAAGUUCAUAUGGGUGCUCAGGGACGCGGAUAAAGGAGACAUUUUCGCAGGAGAAGUGAGGGAAUCUGAACUGCCUGACGGGUUUGAAAAGAGAGUUAAAGAAAGAGGGGUUGUGGUGAGGGAUUGGGCACCCCAGUUGGAGAUUCUUUGCCACCCGUCGACAGGUGGUUUUAUGAGCCAUUGUGGGUGGAAUUCGUGCUUAGAAAGUAUCAGCAUGGGAGUGCCGAUGGCAACCUGGCCCCUGCAUUCGGACCAGCCGGGCAAUGCUGUCUUAAUGACACAGGUUUUGAAGAUUGGUGUGCAGGUCAAGUGUUGGAGCCGUCAGGAUGAAUUGGUCUCGUCGUUAACAGUCGAAACGGCUGUAAGGAAAUUGAUGAUGUCGGAGGAGGGAGAUUGGGUAAGGAAAAGGGCUGCAGAAUUAGGGGAUGCUGUAAAGAAAUCGGUGGAGGGAGGAGUCAUCCGCAAGGAGAUCGAUUCCUUCAUUGAUCAUAUUACUGCAUAAACAUAAUUCCAGUUGAAGUCGAGGCAUUCACGAUAAUACUUAUAACAAUAUUUCACAUCAAUCACAACAUUAUCAUAGUUUUUGAGAUUACUGCAGCAUAGUUCAAAUUAAGAUUUCUUUCUAUCCAAAAUAUGAUUGUUUAUGUAUACAUAUCCUUUUCCAAGAAUCAUCUGGUCCCAAGAAGGCAAUUGUAAGCAGGAAAUGUACUUCUUGCACCGAUUCAGCAAUCCUCUGACAACGUUGAUUAUCAUAUUAGAUUAAAGUAUCUAUCUCCAUAGAUGUAUAAUCUCAUGUAACAAGUAUUUGUCUAUAGUGCAAGCACUUUCAAGAUGCUAGCUGUA